ACACAAGGCUUCCUGUAAGCCCCAGACACGGGCUGUGGUUACAAGUGGAAAAUGUCACUGGGCACUCAAAGAAGAGAGAGGGGCGAGUGUGAGGAGGCAGAGGAAUGAGCGAGAGAGAGAGAGAGAGAGAGAGAGAGAGAGAGAGAGAGAAAGAGAGAAAGAAAGAAAGACAGAGUUUCACAAGUGAGUGAGAUAGUGAUGGGCGAGUAGAAAAGAUAGAGGGAGAGAAAGAGACAGAAGAAAAAGGACAUCUUUUAAACUCGUCCGUCCAGCCGAGGAGACGACAAUGUGUUUCCUCUCAGUGACCCCCUGCCACCCUAACUGACCGAGGCUCAUCAGUCAUAUUGUGGUCAAGGCUAUGGAGACCCUGGUGUCCACAUACGUCCUGCUGGUUCUGGUUUCAGUGCAUGCAGCCCCAUCUCUCAAAGGCUUGCAAGGACUCUCCUGCGUAAAUGACUUUGUCAACAAUGUCAGCUGUACAUGGGACAGCUCUCCAGUGGCUCCAGGUGUGGACUGCUGGAUCUUCGGUGUGAAGACAACUUGGAUCUCUAAGAUCUACGGGAGACCAUCGGAGAAAAUAUUACUUAGUCGAAGCUGCAAGCUAAAAGAACACAGGAACUCUCCUCCAGGCUGCAGUUUUGUCUUUGAAAAUGAAGAAUUCAACAGCUUUGCUGACAUGCCCUACAUCAGAGUGGAGUGUAACGGGACGUUGGUGGAGAACAUCACAAACUAUUCACCAUACGCUCACAUCAAAAUGCAUCCUCCAGGAGUUCCCAAUGUCAGCAGCACUGCCAACGAGACCAGGAUAUCAUGGAGUCAAGGCAGUCGUCCCUCUGUCUUCUUCCAAUCCUUUCACUUCGAAGUUCAGAUCAAAGAGAACAAGCAGAAAUGGAUUGAGGCCAGGACUUUUUCCACACAAGAACGAGAGCUCAGGAUAUCUGCUUGGAAACUUAAGGGGCACCAGCAGGUCAGGGUGAGAGUCAAACCCACUAAACCGGACAAUUGUCACUGGAGCAACUGGAGUCCAACCACAGCCUGGGAGGACCAGGUUUCAGAGUUUCCGACAUCACUGGUAAUGUGGGGCGUGAUGUCGAGCUUGGGUGUCAUUAUUGUAACGCUGGUCGUUUACAGGAGUUGUGCGAGCAGGGGGCUCCUCAAAAGGAAGCCAGUACCAAACCCUUCGAAAUCCUUUCACACUCUCCACUCCGUCCACGGAGGAAAUCUAAAGAAAUGGCUGAAUCCUCUCACAGCUUCUGAGUCGUUCUUCGUGGCCAAGCCAUGCGACAGCAUCUCCCCGGUUGAGGUGUGCGAAAGCUGGGAUGUGGUCUCCUCCACCUCUCCCUCCUCCAGCUCCACCAGCGCCCUGCUUCACUUAAGGAGCUACCCCUCGGAUAGCUCAGCCACAAGCGGAGUUGUUGACCAAUUCUGCUCCUCCUCUUCAUCCUGCUUUUCCAACAUGGGCUACUUCAUGUCCAGCUCCUCUGGCAGCUCAGCUCGAUCUGACCCCACUCCUGCCUACUUCACCUAUCAUGAGGAGCACAACCUUUCCGUCUCCCUCUGCCCUUUGUUCGACGCCUCUCCGACCUACGAGAGCUUGAAGAGGGAGCCGCAGAGUCCAGACUCUGGCUUUGGCAUGGGAAAGGAAGAUGAAGAAGAUAAAAUGGUCAUGGAUGUGGAAGGGAAAGAGGUUUCAAAUGAUCACCAUAGCCCUCCUCUUAUCAUUCUCCCUCUCCAUCUUCCUUCCCAUAUGUGCCCCCCCUUCUCUGCUCCACCCCCUCCUAACACUCCCAGUUUAACUCCGAUCCCACCUGAUAGCCAACAGGAAGAUGUACCUGUGGUGGCUAGUAGUGGUAGCUAUGCGGCCUGGCCUAUGGCUGAUGCCAUGUGCAGGUCUUCCUCCAUGCCCGUGGAGCCCUGUAACACAGGGUAUCUGACCCUCAAAGAGCUCCAGACAACAUUCAGCAAUAAAUCCAUCUGAAAACGUGUAAUGUACCUGGAAGAAUCCCUGUGCGAUCGUUUUAAAAUCAAAUGUGUUUGCAUCACUAGGAACCUGAUUGUUUGUUCUAAUCUGAUUGUGAAAGUGAGUAUUUCUGAAGAGUGGCGUGCAGUUUUGACAAAGAAAAAGCAUUCAUGCAAAUUCAGUAAUUUUCCUGUUUCAAACCUGCAGUGAUUGGUCAGUUGGUCACAUGGAGGCAGCAGAACAAGCCAGAGCAUUUGAGUCAUGUUUCCGGACACUUGAUUAGUUUAAAUCCAAUAUUAAUUUACUUUUUAGUUGCUCUGUUAUAACCUCCACCAGCCACUGAGGGAAGUAUCUGUCUCUUUAGCUGCUAAAUGCUCCACUGUGUUCACCAGCUACUCACUAGAGCUUUGUCUGUUGUUUGGGGCUGGACACCGAGUACACAGAGAGUAUUUUUGCU